UCAGCUGAUUACUGGGUCUUUCUCCCUCAGUAGUCUGUACUCUGCUUUGUUUGUAAACACUCCAUCUCUACAGCUGAGAGUGAGAAAUUGAGAAUGGAGAGAUGAUCAUGAAGAAAUGGAACAAAAAUAAACUGCUACUGUAUCAAUCAUGACCAUGAAAGAUAAGGAGAGAAGAGCUGAAGCAAUUAAACCUUCAACUCAGUACUGAACAAUAAUCGAGAGAAAAUGCAGUAUUUCUGCUUUCUUCUUAUUUUAUCAAAUCCAGGGUUGAAUAUUCUCGUCUCCGGUCUCCGGGUUCAAGAUGAGCAGAAUACAAUAUUCUCCGGUCUCCGGGUUCAAGAUGAGCAGAAUACAAUAUUCUCCGGUCUCCGGGUUCAAGAUGAGCAGAAUGAAAUAUAUCUUGAAGUGUCCACGAAGGAUGUUGAAAUUCUGUUAGGAGACACAGCUAAUGUUACAUUAUUUCUAAGGUCUGAUGGUCCUAUACCACCAGCAUUAAGCAUCGAGGUGUCUUUCAUAACAGACAAUUCUAAUAUUAUCAAACCUAUUCCAACUGUUAUACUCACUCAGGAUGAGAAUAUAACCAUCAGUAUAGAACCAAUACUAGCCGGACAUGUCGUCAUCCAAACAAACACUUCUAGUCCAGAAAUCAGGUUAAUACUAGAUUAUUACAUAAUUACAUUAUCUAACUAUCAUUAUUCAUUAUAUAUUUGUGUUUUCAUGCUUUUACCUUUUUGAUAAUUGAAAUUAAAA